AUGUUGAUUCUUAACGUACUAGUUUUGGUCCUACUUGGAGUUGCUUUUUGUAGCGCUUACGAAGAUAGAUCAAUUUUGGUGGAAACCUCGAAUGGGGUCGUUCAAGGAUCUUAUGGACAGAGAAGUACUGGUAACCGAAAACUUCUGUACUGGUUCAGAGGGAUACCAUUUGCUGAACCACCUGUCGGUGAUUUAAGGUUUGAAGCUCCUGUGGCGAAGAAGAAUUGGACAGGCAUAUUGGAUGCAAGAAAGAAACAACCUGAAUGUAUUCAAGGGGCAAAUCCUCCAGUAGGAAGCGAAGAUUGUUUAUAUCUUAAAGUUUACACAGAUAAGAAACCACAUCCAAAAAACAACCUCCCAGUUUUAGUUUGGAUCUAUGGAGGUGCUUUCUUCGGAGGAUCUGUUGAUUUUGACGAUCACAGCCCUGACUACCUUCUCGAUCAAGAUGUUAUCAUUGUCGCUAUUCACUACAGAGUUGGUUUACUGGGAUUCUUAUCGUUGGGAGACACUGUUGCUCCAGGAAACAAUGGAAUUAGGGAUCAAAUUAUGGCUUUGAAGUGGAUUAAAAAUAACAUCAAAAACUUUGGUGGUGAUCCAGAUAAUAUUACCGUUUUUGGCCAAAGUGCAGGUGCUGCUUCUAUUGCUUAUUUGUUGCAAAUUGAGGAAACUAAAGGACUCUUCAGUAAAGCUAUUCUCAACUCUGGAUCAUCCCUUAGCACCUGGGCAUUGGCAAAGCGGGUAUCGGAAGUUACCAAAGUAAUUGCUAAAGAACUAAAAAUUAGUACUAAAAGUUCUGAACAAAUAUUAACUGGAUUGAAAAAAAUUAAUAUUGAAGAUUUACAGAAUGUAGCAAAUUCAAAAAUGGUAUCAGAAUUAAUAUCAAAUAAUCCACUCCAAGGUGUUGCUUUUGCACCUGUUGCAGAACCAGAUCACGAAAAUGCUAUUAUUACUGGACGAUCUCAUGAGAGGUUAAUAAAUGGAGAGUUCCACCAUGUUCCUAUACUGAUGGGAUAUAAUUCCUUGGAAGCAUCUUUUAACAGUCUAUCCGCACUAAUCAGACUUUGGCUUAUCAAAUUUGAUAUUAAUGCCUCUCUAUUAGUUCCUGAAGACAUGCGUGUUAGUGGUGCAUUUAGAAGACGCUCUUUAGGAAAUAAAAUUAAGAAAGAGUAUUUUGGUUCUUCUUCCAUUGCAUCUUCUACCGAGAAAACAAUGAGAUUCGUAUCCGAUACAGUUUUUGAAAGACCAACUCAAGAGGCUAUGCGUCUAUAUUCACAAAAAACGAAAGUAUACGCAUACCACUUCUCUUAUCAAGGACCAUUGUGGGGUAGAGUCAACAGAACUGUUGACGGUGUUGGACAUACAGAAGAUUUAGGUUACCUCUUCGAUUUUGGUCACAAAGGAUCACAUGCAGAUUACAAAACAAGAAACCGCAUGGUAAAACUCUGGACAAACUUUGCAAAAACCGGUAACCCAACCCCUACGAAAGAAGCUUUACUUCAACACAUAGUGUGGCCAGCAAAUGUAGGUUCAGAUCAUUUAAAGUAUCUUGAAAUCGACACAGAUUUAAGAGUUAUUAGUCAACCAAAUUCAAAGAAAAUUGACUUCUGGAGGGAUAUUUACAAAGGUUAUGGAAAACCACCAUACUCUACAUACUAA